GGACGGCGCGAGCGUAGCUUCAUUCUUCAGACUGCAUACUUCACACCAACUUUAGACAGAAGGAGGACCAGCCGGCGUGGCACGUUCAAAACAGAGGGAAACUGAGUCCAGGAAAAUAUGGAUCCAAAACCCUUGUUAUUAAAGCUGGGCUCAAUAAUCCGUGCCAUCCUCACUUUCCUCUUUGCUUUGCUGGUUCUGGGUGUCAUGGUGUGGGCCUAUGUUGCUGGUUUCCAGUUAGUGACAUCCAGCUACGACAUCAUCUCUUUUGGUUUUUAUGGACUCCUCCUCUCACUCCAUGUGCUUGUUCAGAGUCUCUUUGCCUUCGUUGAGCACAGGCGAAUGAGAGCCCGUACAAAGCCCUGCACUUUCACUAAAACCAUCGGUUUCACCAUAUCUGCUUACCAGGAGGACCCCGUCUAUCUCAGAGAGUGUCUCAACUCUGUCAAGGCCCUCAAAUAUCCACCGGAGCUGCUUCGAAUCGUCAUGGUGAUCGAUGGGAACUCUGAGGAUGACCAGUACAUGAUGGAUAUGUUUAAAGAGGUGUUUGCAGAAUACAAUCCUGGACUUUAUGUGUGGAGAAACAAUUAUCAUUCGUGGGAUCCCAGCCAGGUUGAGCAGGAUAUAGAAAUGGCUGCAGUUACAGGAGAGGAUGCUGAUUACAUGAUGGCAGAUGACUUACAACGAUAUGAAGUUGAGCACCUUAUCCAGACAAAGAGGUGUGUGUGCAUCAUGCAGAAAUGGGGAGGAAAGCGCGAGGUGAUGUACACAGCAUUUAAAGCUCUCGGCUCAUCAGUUGAUUAUGUGCAGGUAUGCAUUCCUGUUCACUCUUUCUUUUUUAAUUUCCUAUCUGGUAAAAUCCAGAAGGAGGAGCUUGGGAAUACAUUUCCAGUGACACUGUCCUUUUUUCCCCCUCAGGUGUGUGACUCUGACACAAAGCUGGACCCGUUAGCUACUGUAGAGCUGUGCAAGGUGCUGGAGAGUAACUCCAGGUAUGGUGCAGUGGGGGGCGAUGUGAUGAUCCUCAAUAUGAAAGACUCCUACAUCAGCUUCAUGAGCAGUCUCAGGUACUGGAUGGCUUUCAACAUUGAAAGGGCCUGCCAGUCUUUCUUCAACUGUGUGUCUUGCAUCAGUGGUCCUCUGGGUCUGUAUAGGAAUGACGUUCUGCAGCAGUUUCUGGAGUCGUGGUAUAAUCAGAAGUUUCUGGGAACCCACUGCACGUUUGGUGAUGACAGACAUCUCACAAAUCGAAUGCUAAGCAUGGGCUAUGCAACAAAAUACACAGCUCAGUCAAGAUGCUACACAGAAACGCCUGCUCAGUUUCUGCGCUGGCUCAACCAACAGACUCGCUGGACUAAGUCCUACUUCCGUGAGUGGCUCUACAACGCCAUGUGGUGGCACAAGCAUCACCUCUGGAUGACCUACGAGUCCAUUGUUUCAGGUAUCUUCCCAUUCUUCGUCACGGCGACCAUCAUCCAGCUGUUCUGGACAGGCACGCUGUGGGACAUCCUGUGGAUCCUGUGCUGCAUUCAGCUGAUUGGGCUGGUGAAAGCCACCUAUGCCUGCAUCCUGCGGCAAAACCCAGUGAUGGUGUUUAUGUCACUGUACUCAGCUCUGUACAUGACCAGUUUGCUGCCUGCCAAGUACUUUGCGAUUCUCACAAUGACUAAAAGCAGCUGGGGCACCUCAGGCAGGCGCAAAAUAGUGGGAAACUACAUGCCCCUCCUGCCCCUGUCUGUGUGGGCUGCUAUUUUAUUGAGCGGAUUUGGAUACACCAUCUAUAAAGAGAGUCAGAUGGACUGGUUAACUCUAGCAAAGUUACUAGAGACUAAGUUUCUUAUCUAUGGGUGUGUGGCAUAUGUAUGCUACUGGAUAAUUAUGAUGUUUUUGUACUGGGUAUUGUUCCGUAAGGUCUGCAAAAAACGCUCUCAAGAUUACACAUUAAAUGUGUAGCUAUAAUGAGGAAAGAUAAUUUAUUCAGUUGUCCUUAAUUCAUUUAAUUAUUCUUUGUGUGUAUUUGAAACAUUUUAUACAUAUGAUAGCUUUUUUUUGGAAAGCUACUUAACAGGCGGAGGUGGAUGUUUGCACUUUUAUUUUAAACUGUACUGAGGCUUUCACCUCUAUUGCACUUUUCAGGUUUCUCUUUCAUCAAAAGAUGACAGAGGAGAUUUAUACUGAAUUUAUUUAUAAUAUCUAAAUAUGUUCAAACGUGAUGUUGAAAUGUUUGUUGAAAUGUUGUUAUUUUUUGAAACAUUUUUUAGAACAUGAACAGAAUUGUUUUCUUUUGUGUUUUUGUGUGGAAAAUGAGGCACAAUGACAUAAGCAUCUGUAUUAUUUAAGUGAACCUACCUUUGACCUUUAGCUGCACUGGAUGCUGAGCUGUACUUCUGCUGCAGACUUACUUGAAAAUGUAGAAAACUGAACCAAAAGUGCGACAGUGUUAAACACCAAUGAGAAUACUGGGAUGCUGCACAUUUCUCAUUGAAACCCGGAGUUACAUGAUGCAACAUGGAACAGCGGGAUAAACCUAACUAUUUUGUUAAAUUAUUUUUACAACAGAUGCUGCAUGACUUGUUUUCAAGCGUUUAACUAGACUUUGUGAAUGCACUUUUGCGAAUAUUUGGAGUGUGUCUUGAUGUAUGUAAUGAUGGCUGAACGUUUCCUGCAAAUGUGAAAACAUUUUAAAGAAUUUUGUGAAAUAAAAUAUUUUUGUAUCACAUAUUAUGCAGUCAUUUUUUAAAUAUUUAUUGUUAU